CAUCCCAGAGUGCUUGGCGGCGGCAGCUCCUUUACGCUUGGCUGUUCUCGCGCUGAGAGCGCCGUAGGCAGCCAUGGCGCCCAGCCGGAAUGGCAUGAUCUUGAAGCCGCACUUUCACAAGGACUGGCAGCGGCGUGUAGCCACGUGGUUCAAUCAGCCGGCCCGGAAGAUCCGCAGGCGCAAGGCCCGGCAAGCGAAGGCGCGCCGCAUCGCCCCGCGCCCAGCGUCCGGCCCCAUCCGGCCCAUCGUCAGGUGCCCCACGGUUAGGUACCACACCAAAGUUCGCGCUGGCAGGGGCUUCAGCCUGGAGGAGUUGCGGGUGGCCGGCAUCCACAAGAAGGUGGCCCGGACCAUCGGGAUUUCCGUGGAUCCAAGGAGGAGGAACAAGUCGACUGAGUCCCUGCAGGCGAACGUGCAGCGUCUGAAGGAGUACCGCUCCAAACUCAUCCUCUUCCCCAGGAAGCCCUCUGCCCCCAAGAAGGGGGACAGUUCUAAAGAAGAACUCAAAUUGGCCACCCAACUCACAGGACCUGUCAUGCCCAUACGGAAUGUCUAUAAGAAGGAGAAAGCCAGAGUCAUCACUGAGGAGGAGAAGAACUUCAAAGCAUUUGCCAGUCUUCGCAUGGCCCGAGCCAAUGCCCGACUAUUUGGCAUACGGGCAAAAAGAGCCAAGGAAGCUGCAGAACAGGAUGUUGAAAAGAAAAAAUAAAGCUCUACUGGGGACUUUAAAUAAAUCAAGAGUAAAGCUGGG